ACUGUAUCUAUAUGGAACAAUAGAGGACGGAAAGAACUCACAGCAUCAAAGUUCAUGGAUAUCCAAAAGGCUAUCCAGCCAGACUGGUUCCAGUGUUUAUCAGAUGGAGACACUAUUUCAGCAGACAUCUCCAGAAAGAAAGCCAAGAAAUCUGUAGAUCGAUCAUUGUACUUUUUGGAUGAAUGUCUACAGCUGCAAGAAAAUUCCCCAGAAUUGAAACAGAGUUUGAUGUUUGGAGUUAUUGAAGGUGGAGAUGUGUUGGAGGAAAGACUAAGAUCAGCCAGGGAGACUGCCAAGAGACCAGUGGCUGGAUUUCUUUUGGAUGCCUUUCAAGGAAAUACCAUGACUAAAGAGACUAAAUUGGAGCUCUUAACUUCAGUUAUAGCUGAGCUGCCAGAGGAUAAACCAAGACUAAUCCAUGGAAUUGGUAAACCAGAUGAAAUUCUGGAGUGCAUUAAAAGAGGAAUAGAUAUUUUUGACAGUUCUUUUCCUUACCAGGUGACAGAACGACACUGUGCUUUGUGCUUCAGUUAUGAUUAUCAACUGAAUCCGGAAUCAGCAGAUAUAGAGGAAGAUGAGAAAACAGAGGUGAGGAAAGAUGAUAAAAAACCAAAAGAUGAAACAUGCAGUGAAGCUCAAGAAAAAGAUGAUGAAAAUCCAAAAGAUGAAACAUGCAGGGAAGCUCAGGAAAUGACUUCAUUUGAAAUUCAUCUGAAAGACAGAAAGUACCAGGAUGAUUUUAAUCCUUUAGUGAAUGGAUGCUCAUGCUAUUGCUGUCAAAACCACAGCCGUGCCUACGUCCAUCACCUCGUCAUGACCAAAGAGCUGUUGGCUUAUGUGCUUCUUAUGAUGCAUAACUUUCAGCAUUACUUUGGCUUCUUUUCUUCUAUCCGAAAUGCUUUGAAAGAAGAUAAGUUGGAUCAGUUAAGAAAGGUUAUUAGCAGGCAAGCCCUCUGAGGUCAGAUAUAAAAAGGAGAUUCCUCAACCUCGCUUCCCCUUCUGGAUCAAGAUUAUGGAGAAGAGCUGUUAAUACCAUGAGGUAGACAUCCAUGAUAAAAGAAAACCCAUAUGUUGCCUGCCAUCUCGUAUCUGACUAUAACUUUCCUUAUAAUUUUAGGAAAGAUUGAGAUUUUUUUCCAGAAGAAUUAAUCUUGGAAAAAGAUAAAAGUUAGGAUAUUCUGUAGAAGAAUUCAUAUACUUUUCUGAUAUGUAUUAAUGAUAUUAACUUAUGAACAUUUGAACUGUAAUGAGAAGAAAAGAACAUCAACUAAUCGGGACAAUGGCAAAACAACUCGACAUCUAUUUGAAAUACAGGUGUACUAUUGUAUAUUAAUUUAUUUUAGUUUUUUUAAAAUAUAUCAGGAAGAGGUGACAUACAGUAGCUGAAAUCAUAGGAAAAAUAGUUCGUUAUGAAAUAUGUCACACUUGGACACUUCUGAUGAUGGAAACAUUUUAAAAUAACGCAUUCCUUAAAGUCCUGUGUAUUCUUGUUAGAUAGAUAGCUUUUUUAAUAUGUUAUAAGUUGCUUGUUACCCUGAUUAUAAUAAUGUAAAAAGAUAGCUAUUUUAUCUCAUGGGUAUGGAUUGCACUCUUUCAACAAUAUCCUUUUACGGUAAUGUUUGGUGGGGUAUGCAUAAGGCUUUGAUAGUAAAAGCAAAUACAGCAAAUAAUGUAUUUUAGGUUUCUUUAGAUUAUUUGAUGCAAUUUUCUUUUCUACUGGAUUUUUUAUACUAUAUUUGAAUGUCAAAAGUUUUUAUAUUAUUAAAUUCAUUAUACUGCGUGGGGAACUUUAAUAAGACCUUUAAAUUUUUGUAUUAUAUCUGGGAAAUGCAGUAAGGCAUGAGGGAGAGAAAGAGAGGGAAGGAACUCAUAAAAUAGAAAAAAACUGUGAGAGUGGGAAGACCAGGCAAAAUGAUCCUUCAAAAAGCCAAUUUGAGGACUAUAGCAAUAAAUUUCUUAUCUCUCUUGUAAGAGAGUCUAAUAGGCUUAAAAAAGAGCUGAAGUUUAAGCAUUACUGAAAGCAACACAGUAAUUAUCAGAAGUCAAUGUGAAUUUGUCAAGAACAAAUCUUAAGGGACUUACCAUGUAUUCAAACAUGUAACACCACUACAGUGUGAGCUGCAUUGGUUGCCUGUGUUUCCAGAUGCAAUUCAAGAUUCAACCCAGAAGCAAAUUUGCAAUCAGUGUAAAAGAUGGCAGGUAUACAGAUUUCACUUGGACAAAAUUGUGUGAGCC